UUUUCAUUGUGCUGAGGACCUGCCUGCAAGUUUUGCUGACACCCUCAUCAAAAGGAAAAAAAUGCUGAUUGUUUUAGCUCUGGUGUGAAACUUCAACUUUUCAUCUGCUUCAACUCUCUACAACCCUCCACAAAGAUGUCUGAACCUGACUCUCCCUCUGUCCUGGGGGGCAAUGUGGAGAAUGGAACUUUCCUGGAACUGUUUCCCACCUCCCUGUCCACCUCUGUAGACCCGUCCUCGGGCCACCUGUCAAAUGUCUAUAUCUAUGUGUCCAUAUUCCUCAGCCUUUUAGCAUUUCUGCUGCUGCUUUUAAUCAUUGCCCUCCAGAGGCUCAAAAAUAUCAUCUCCUCCAGUUCCUCCUACCCUGAGUAUCCAAGCGACGCUGGGAGCUCUUUCACCAAUUUGGAAGUCUGUAGUAUUUCCUCACAGAGGUCAACUUUUUCAAACCUUUCAUCAUGAAGAAAAUGGAAGACUCCUAGAAUUCCGCAGUAACUUAGGUUCUCCCUUAAGUGAAAUGCCAAAAUGUCACAGGAAGCCAUGGAUCAUGAAAGAAAUGACCACCACCCCCCUUCCCACACUCAAACAACUAGAACUGUUUCUCCUUCACUUCUGAUUUCUUUUUCUAUUCACUGAUGCUUGCCAUUUGUGAAUGUAGAAAUUGAUGUUGACCAGAAAUCAUGCACACCUCAAGGUGUCAGAGUUUACUUGACAAAUCUGCAACUG